ACAAAUUUUUCCGCAAUUACUGUUAGUCUUUAUGAGGUAUGACUCGACUCGACUCGUUAUAUAUCUCCAACCAUCGUUUGUUUAACAAUUGGCAAGUUGAUGCGUUGGUAAUUUACUAGACGAUUUAUAUGCGCAAAUAGUUCUUUAUCUGUCAAGGUUCGUUCAAUUCCGUGCGAUAUGUUAAUUUCCGUGAAGAAAAUUAUAUAGUGGUAGAAACGAUGGUUUUGUCACAUAUAUGCUCGAGUUGUUCGCUACGAAUUCAUCUGAGACGUACGAUAGGUGUAAUAUCCAGAAGGCACAUGGGCAUGAGUCGAUUUCGUCGAACCUUACCACCAACGUUACUGAAGGACAUUUUCAGUGGUAAUAAGGCAAAGAAAAAAUUUCCGUCUGCCGAUUUUGGGAAAGAUGCCUCCGCUGGAUCUGACUUACAGAGAGCGGUCAGUUUCGUACAGCCUUGUUUAAAGGAAGAGUUGCUGUGCAAAUAUUCGGAACCGGUGCGAGACUGCUGUCACAAAGUGACAAUCGUGGGAGCCGGCAUGGUCGGCGUGGCUAUCGCGAAUGCCAUUAUCUUCCAGAAAGUUUCCCCUCACGUCGCCAUAGUGGAUGCAUUCCCGAAGAAGCUGGAAGGGGAGGGAAUGGAUUACAGCCAUGGUUCCGUUUAUCUAGAAGAUCCACGCAUCGAUUACGACACAGAUUUUUGUAUAUCGAGCAAUUCGAAGGUGGUGAUUCUAGCCGCGGGUGUGAGACAGGUAAAAGGUGAAACUCGACUGGACCUGGUGAAACGAAACACUGAGAUAUUGAAGAACAUAGUACCGCCCCUGGUCAACUACAGUCCGAACGCGGUGUUUCUGAUCGUCAGUAACCCAGUUGACAUUUUGGCGUGGGUUACGUGGAGAGUGAGUGGAUUACCGGCUAAUCAAGUUAUCGGAAGUGGAACUCAUCUCGAUUCGGCGAGAUUUCGUUACUUGAUCGCCGAUCGUUUGGAAAUAGCCCCCAGUGCGGUGCAGGCUUACAUCGUGGGCGAACACGGUGACAGUCAGGUUCCACUCUGGUCUGGAGUGAAUGUCGCGGGCGUGCAAUUUCGUGACAUUCUGCCUAACAUUGGACUGGAAACGGACGAGGAGAGAUGGAACGAAAUCGCCAAGGAAGUAAUCAGAUUGGGUCCUACAGUGAGAUGUCUGAAAGGAUAUUCGAAUACGGCGAUCGGUCUCUCGACAGCCGAUAUCGUCAAAAAUAUACUGACCAAUACGCAGAGGGUUUUGCCGAUUUCAACCAUGAUCCAAGGUCACCACGAGGUGUGCCACGAGAUGUACUUGUCGCUGCCCUGCACCCUCGGCGAGCAGGGAGUCACGAACAUCAUACGAAUGCGUAUCACAGAGCACGAGAAGAAAUUGUUCCAAACGUCAGCGAAUCUUGUGUACAACGUACAAAAGGAUAUCAAAAUAUCUUGAAAUUGUAACUUUUAGAUCGUGGAUAUUCGAGGCCAUCCAUUUGUCAAAAGAGUACUUCGAAUAUAACUGUCCCGUGAUA